GAGCCAAACUUUGUGGGAAGAAAAAACAGGACUUGUGGUAGCGGCUUAAGGGCCUCAAGGGGGUCUCUUGUUGCUUCUCCAUCCACACCUUGCCAGGCAAAGACCAGCCUGUCCUUGUCACCUCCAAUUCAACAAACAGUGACAGCCGGAACACGGGGGCCAUCCCUGCAGCCACCACAGCCUGGGCCUUGCUGGAGUGAUGUCCCUGGUCCUGCUCUGCUCGCUGCUGACCCUCUGUGUCUGUGUAGGAACCCCCACGCUGUGGGUGCAAGUGCAGAUGGUGGCCGCCGAGCUCCUGACCUUCACUGUCCGCUGUGGGUUCCUGGGGCCUGGCUUCGUCUCCCUGGUGACUGUGAGCUGGUGGGAGCCCAAUGCUACCCAAGCAACUGAGCUGGCUGUGCUGCACCCAGAAUUUGGAGUUCGCCAGUGGGCCCCUGCUCGCCAGGCCCGCUGGUUAAACGAAAGCAGCGUCUCCCUCACCCUGGAAGGGGCUGAGGUGCAAAGCCCCCAGGCCAACCCCACCUUCUGCUGCAAGUUUGUUUUCUACCCCGAGGGCUCCCACGAGGGCUGUGCGAACCCUCUGGCCAGCUCAGACCAAGGUGGGGCUGGGAAGAGGGGCAGGGAUCAGAGAGGGUCUCAGCCCGGCUACUUGUCUGAUACCUCCCUCUGUCUCCAGGGCACCCUGCCCCAACUCCAGCCCCCAUUUGGCGGGCAGGCCUGGCUGGUAUCUUGGGGGCCUCAGGGGUCCUCCUGCUUGGCUUCGUCUUUGUCCUCUACCUCCUGCGCCGGUGGAGGCAUUGGUGAGACAAGACCCCAUCAAAGGUCCCAGGCCAGGGGUCUAUGUCCGCUGCCUCUGACUGCUUCUGUCUCUCUCAGGUCUGUCACUAAGCUUCAGCGCCAGCCCCUUGCCAGGGUCCAGACUCGGAUGGCUGCUCUCCGCCUCCCCUACCCUACCACCAGCUUCUGCCCAGCAGCUCUGGAAAUGACCCAUCUCCACCAGCGACUGUCCCAAUGGGCACCAGUCCCUGCCCGUCCUGCACACCAAUCCCGGGUGCGUGCCCCCCAGGCCUCCUCACGGGUCCCAGCACCCAGCGGUUUUGUCUACGUUGAGAAUGGACUCUACGCUGGGGCAGGAGCGAGGCCUCCGCACACAGGUCCGAGCCUCGCCCCUUCUCCUGACCGUACGAGGGCCAUGGACAGGAAGGGGGACUUGGGGGCUCAACAGUACAGACUACCUGACUGAGGUCCACUCAGACGUUUCCCCUCUCGGCCUCCUGGACCUCGUGCUGGCGUCUCGUUCUGGUUACCCACUGGCUGGUUUUAUCCUUAGGCCUCCAGCAAGUGUCCCCGUGCAUGUGGGCUGAGGCGUGGGCACAGGUGGGGCGCGUGCAGUGACAAAGCCCCUUUCUGGGUGAUUACUUGUUUUGUACACAGCCCCAUCCUGCCAGGGGAUGUCGGUAACUAAAUCAAUAAAUCCAUUCCUUGGUCUUGG